AUUUUAGGGUUUUUUUUUUUUUCUGGGUCGCGAGGAGUUUUGGCGUGCCGUUCGUGACCUAGGCUUCUCCCCUCUUCGUCGUCUUCCGUUCUUCAUGCGAUAGGCGACUCGGCGGGUAGAGAGAGAACAGUUUUCCAGUUGACGGUAGUCGGUAGCUAGCUUGGUGCUCCAGUCGUUUGGCAGUCGGGAUUUCUUAAUUCUGUUAUCUAUAACAUCUGUUUAAGAGAACUGAUCUUGAAAGUUCAGAUCCGAAUUCAAAAGAAGAGGUUGUAGUUGUUGGCGCCAUGAUGUUUGACUGCCGCUUUUAUGAUGCAUAAGAUUUUAAUUAGCUGUACUUGUUGAUCAUUUACAUCAUACAAGAUGGUGAAGUUCACAGCUGACGAGCUUCGAAGAAUCAUGGAUCUUAAACAUAAUAUUAGAAACAUGUCUGUUAUCGCUCAUGUUGAUCAUGGAAAAUCAACUCUAACUGAUUCUCUUGUGGCGGCUGCCGGCAUCAUUGCACAAGAAGUUGCUGGAGAAGUUCGAAUGACUGAUACCCGCCAAGAUGAGGCAGAGAGAGGCAUCACUAUCAAGUCCACUGGCAUCUCCCUUUACUAUGAGAUGGCAGAUGAAGCUCUGAAGAACUUCAAGGGUGAGAGGGUAGGAAAUGAAUAUUUAAUCAAUCUCAUUGACUCUCCUGGGCACGUAGAUUUCUCAUCAGAGGUUACAGCUGCAUUGCGAAUCACUGAUGGUGCCCUUGUUGUUGUUGAUUGUGUGGAGGGAGUGUGUGUCCAGACUGAAACUGUCCUGCGACAAGCCCUUGGAGAAAGAAUCAGGCCUGUCUUGACUGUUAAUAAGAUGGAUAGAUGUUUUCUUGAGCUUCAGGUAGAAGGAGAGGAAGCUUAUCAGACUUUUCAGCGGGUCAUUGAAAAUGCAAAUGUCAUAAUGGCCACAUAUGAAGAUCCUCUCCUUGGUGAUGUCCAAGUCUACCCUGAGAAGGGCACCGUUGCAUUCUCUGCUGGGUUGCAUGGUUGGGCUUUUACACUAACAAAUUUUGCCAAAAUGUAUGCUUCAAAGUUUGGAGUCGAUGAAAGCAAGAUGAUGGAGAGGCUUUGGGGGGAGAAUUUCUUCGAUCCUGCUACAAAGAAGUGGACAAGCAAAAAUACUGGCUCUCCUAGUUGCAAGCGCGGUUUCGUGCAGUUUUGUUAUGAACCGAUCAAACAGAUUAUUAAAACUUGUAUGAACGAUCAGAAGGACAAACUGUGGCCAAUGUUGUCCAAGCUUGGUGUCACAAUGAAAACUGAGGAGAAGGACCUUGUUGGAAAGGCACUGAUGAAGCGUGUGAUGCAGACUUGGUUGCCUGCCAGCAAUGCACUUCUUGAGAUGAUGAUCUUUCAUCUCCCAUCUCCAUCCAAGGCCCAGAAGUAUCGUGUUGAGAAUCUUUACGAGGGCCCGCUUGACGAUCAAUAUGCUAAUGCUAUCAGAAACUGUGAUCCAGAGGGUCCUUUGAUGCUUUAUGUUUCAAAGAUGAUUCCUGCAUCAGAUAAGGGCAGGUUUUUUGCAUUCGGCCGUGUUUUCUCAGGCAAGGUUUCUACUGGUUUGAAGGUGAGAAUUAUGGGACCAAACUAUGUACCAGGGCAGAAGAAGGAUCUUUAUGUAAAGAGCGUCCAGAGAACUGUUAUCUGGAUGGGUAAGAGGCAGGAAUCUGUGGAGGAUGUGCCGUGUGGUAACACUGUUGCCAUGGUUGGACUUGAUCAGUUUAUUACCAAGAAUGCCACUCUUACUAAUGAGAAGGAGGUGGAUGCUCAUCCUAUCCGAGCCAUGAAGUUCUCAGUCUCUCCAGUUGUUCGUGUUGCUGUGAGCUGCAAGGUAGCGUCGGACCUCCCCAAGCUCGUGGAAGGAUUAAAACGUCUGGCCAAAUCUGAUCCUAUGGUUGUUUGUACCAUUGAGGAAUCUGGGGAGCAUAUUGUUGCUGGAGCUGGUGAGCUCCACCUGGAGAUCUGCCUGAAAGAUUUGCAGGAGGAUUUCAUGGGAGGAGCAGAGAUUGUGGUGUCUGAUCCCGUGGUCUCCUUCCGUGAGACUGUUCUUGAGAAAUCUUCCAGGACUGUGAUGAGCAAGUCUCCAAACAAGCAUAACCGCCUUUACAUGGAGGCCCGUCCUUUGGAAGAUGGACUUGCUGAGGCCAUCGAUGAUGGCCGUAUUGGGCCACGUGAUGAUCCCAAGGUUCGUGCCAAGAUUCUAUCGGAGGAGUUUGGGUGGGACAAAGAUUUGGCCAAGAAGAUUUGGUGUUUUGGCCCCGAGACCACCGGGCCAAAUAUGGUGGUUGACAUGUGUAAGGGAGUGCAAUAUUUAAAUGAAAUCAAGGACUCCGUUGUUGCUGGAUUCCAGUGGGCAUCCAAGGAAGGCGCCCUUGCUGAGGAGAACAUGCGUGGGAUAUGCUUCGAAGUAUGCGAUGUCGUCCUACACGCUGAUGCCAUUCACAGAGGCGGCGGACAAGUCAUCCCUACCGCAAGGAGAGUCAUAUACGCAUCUCAGUUGACAGCGAAACCCAGACUUUUGGAGCCUGUAUACCUUGUGGAGAUACAGGCUCCCGAGCAGGCACUGGGAGGUAUCUAUGGUGUUCUCAACCAGAAAAGAGGCCACGUGUUUGAAGAAAUGCAGAGGCCCGGCACUCCUCUUUACAACAUCAAAGCCUAUUUACCUGUCGUCGAAUCAUUCGGUUUCUCGACUGCUUUGAGGGCGGCCACGUCCGGCCAGGCCUUCCCCCAGUGCGUUUUCGAUCAUUGGGAUGCCAUGUCUUCUGAUCCACUGGAACCUAAUUCUCAAGCUGGCCAACUCGUUGCAGACAUUCGCAAGAGGAAGGGUCUCAAAGAGCAGAUGACCCCUCUAUCUGAAUUUGAAGACAAACUUUAAAUUAUUUUAGAACUCAAUAUCUGGUUGUCGGCAUUCCAUUUCCUCAGUUUAAAAGUGUUUUAUUUCUGAUUUUAUAUGCAGGAAGAGGGGAGUUUCUGCAGUCAGAGGAUGUUUUAUUCUGUCAGUUAUGUUGUGAACUAUGUGUUUGUUGUUGCGCCAUUAUCUUUGUAGUCGAACUUACAUACUUGUUUUUUGUUAAGUUAAUUUUGAGCCUUUGAUGUUAUUUUU